GAGAGAGAGAGAGAGAGAGAGUUGAAGUUUUAGGCUUUUUUGUUUUCCUUUCCAAUGCCAGAAUUUUACUCUUCCAAGUUCUGACAAAGCUUGACCAAGCUAAUUCAGAGAAUUUUAUUGUUUCUAACCCACAAAACCUACAGGUUUGUAAUCCUUUGACUGAUUUGUCAAGUAAAUAUUAGGGUUACUGAGCUUGGAUCUGAGAAGAGGAUUAGGUUUUUGUGAUUUGAACUGGUUGAAGGUUCUUUCUUUCAGCCCAUUGAGUAGUUUGUUACUGUGAAUCAUGGUUAUUUGAUUUGUGGGGGGUGGGGGACAUGUAUUUGAGUUGAGCAUUGGUAAGUAGCUCAAGGAAGGAAUUGGGUCGUUAGGGUUUUUUUUUUUGUACAUGGGAAUAAGACCAAAAUGGGUGAUAUUGGAGAAUCUUCUGAAUCUGGGUCUGUAGUGUGUGCGAGAAAUGGAUUUUGCCGAGAAGAAGAGAGAUGUCCGAAGCAAGUUUCCCCUGUUAGAGGUGGUGGGUCGAGGAAUACAAGUCCAUUAGGGCGUGUCGGAUCGAGAAACACUAGUCCGUCUAGGCAGAAGGUGAUCAAGACAAAACCUCGAGGAUUAGAUGAGGAAACGGCUGCCACAUUUGGUAAAGCAAUCCACCCGGAUGUUCAGAUGGAAGAUAAUAUCUGGGCAAUGUUGCCUGAGGAUUUGCUGAAUGAGAUCUUAGCUAGGGUUCCUCCAUUUAUGAUAUUUCGACUCCGUUGUGUUUGCAGAAGAUGGAAUUUAAUUCUUCAAGAUAGUAGCUUUCUCAAAUUCCAUUCCCAAGUACCUUCCCACGGGCCUUGUCUUCUCACAUUUUGGAAGAAUUCCCAGACUCCACAAUGCUCGGUUUUCAGCUUGCCAUUGAAGACAUGGUAUAAGAUUCCUUUCACAUUUUUGCCACAGUGGGCAUUCUGGUUGGUUGGUUCUUCUGGUGGUCUUGUUUGCUUUUCUGGGCUUGAUGGCCUAACGUUCAAAACUUUAGUUUGCAAUCCACUCACACAAACUUGGAGAUCUCUACCAAAUAUGCAUUACAAUCAGCAAAGACAGCUGAUCAUGGUUGUUGAUCGUAAACAUCGGUCAUUUAAAGUUAUAGCCACAAGUGACAUUUAUGGUGACAAAUCAUUACCCACCGAAGUGUAUGAUUCAAAGCUAAAUAGUUGGUCCCUUCACCAGAUAAUGCCAGCAGUUAAUCUUUGCUCCUCAAAGAUGGCUUAUUGUGACUCCAGGUUGUAUUUAGAAUCUCUUUCGCCACUCGGGUUGAUGAUGUAUAAACUGGACACUGGAUACUGGGAACACAUUCAUGCUAAAUUCCCACGAUCUUUACUUGAUGGCUAUUUGGUUGCUGGCACACAGAAGCGUCUGUUUUUAGUUGGACGCAUUGGUCUUUACAGUACACUUCAAAGUAUGAGAAUUUGGGAAUUGGAUCAUGCGAAAACUAUGUGGGUGGAGAUCAGUAGAAUGCCACCAAAGUAUUUUCGAGCACUGUUAAGAUUAUCUGCUGAGAGAUUUGAGUGUUUUGGACAGGAUAACUUAAUCUGCUUUACCUCUUGGAAUCAAGGGAAGGGCUUAUUGUAUGAUGUGGAUAAAAAGGCUUGGUCUUGGAUAGGUGGAUGUGCUCUGCAGUCUUACAACAGCCAGCAAGAAGUACUAGUUGUAGCUCGACUGUUCCAUUCCAUCAUCUAUUCCAGGCGCACUUGAUGGUUCUUUGAAGUGGCCUGAUUGCAGGGUUUAGACAAUCUCUAUUUAUUGGUCAAUUUUCUCUAAAAGUGGCUAAUGAAGUAGUUUGCAU